UUCCUCUCACCCUCUUUGAGCGGGCCGCCCACCAUGAAUUCCCUCACACGAUCAGCAGCCCCCUUGCUGCGCUCAAGAUGCUCUCCGCGUCUCCAAUGCCUCCAGACACGAGCUCUCUCCAGCGCCGCAGCCCGCUGGGCAAAGGCCGACCAUGAACUCAACUCGGUCAGCAGGAAAAUCACACAGCCCAAAUCGCAGGGCGCCUCGCAGGCCAUGCUGUUCGCCACGGGAAUGGACGAGCAGGAUAUGAACAAGGCCCAGGUCGGCAUCUCGUCCGUUUGGUACACGGGUAACCCUUGCAACAUGCAUUUGAUGGAUUUGAACAACAAGGUCAAGGAGGGUGUCGAGCGUGCGGGUCUGCUGGGCAUGCAGUUCAACACCAUUGGCGUGAGUGACGGCAUCUCCAUGGGUACAAAGGGCAUGCGAUACUCGCUCCAGUCGCGCGACAUCAUCGCCGACUCCAUCGAGACCGUCAUGGGCGGCCAAUGGUACGAUGCCAACAUCUCCAUUCCCGGCUGCGAUAAGAACAUGCCUGGUGUUAUCAUGGCCAUGGGUCGCGUCAACCGCCCUUCGCUCAUGGUUUAUGGAGGUACCAUCCAGCCCGGCUGCGCGUCCUCCAUGCCCGAGGACAAGCAGAUUGUCGAUAUCGUUUCCGCAUUCCAAGCCUACGGUCAAUUCAUCACUGGCGACAUCUCUGAGGAGCAGAGAUUCGACAUCAUCAGGCAUGCAUGCAAUGGCCAGGGCGCCUGCGGUGGAAUGUACACCGCUAACACCAUGGCUACCGCCAUUGAAGUAAUGGGUCUCACCCUCCCCGGUUCUUCUUCCAACCCGGCCAAUUCCAAGGCCAAAGUCCUCGAAUGUCUGGCAGCAGGUGGUGCCAUCAAGAAUCUACUCAAGGAGGAUAUCCGACCCACUGACCUCAUCACUCGCCAAUCCCUGGAGAACGCUAUGAUUCUCAUCAGUGUGACCGGCGGUUCCACCAACGCUGUGCUGCACUUGAUCGCCAUCGCUGACUCGGUUGGCAUUAAGCUUACCAUUGAUGACUUCCAGGCAGUGAGCGACCGCAUUCCCUUACUCGCCGACCUUAAGCCUUCCGGAAAAUAUGUCAUGGCCGACGUAAACGACAUUGGCGGCACGCCCGCCCUCUGCAAAUUCCUCUUGAAAGAAGGCCUCAUCGAUGGCUCCACAAUGACAGUGACUGGCAAAACCCUGAAAGAGAACCUUGAAAAAUCCCCCAGCUUCCCCCCCGAACAGCAGAUCUUUAAGCCCUUGAACAAACCCAUCAAGGAGACCGGUCACUUGCAGAUCCUCCGCGGUAACCUCGCGCCCGGCGGCUCCGUCGGCAAGAUCACAGGCAAAGAGGGUACCAAAUUCGUCGGCAAAGCAAAAUGCUACAACGACGAGGACCUCUUCAUCGAAGCCCUCGAGAAGGGCGAGCUCAAGAAGGGCGAGAAAACCGUCGUCGUCAUCCGCUACGAGGGCCCCAAGGGUGGACCGGGAAUGCCCGAGAUGCUGAAGCCCUCAUCCGCCAUCAUGGGUGCGGGACUCGGAAACGAUGUUGCCCUCAUCACUGAUGGUCGCUUUAGUGGUGGUUCACACGGUUUCCUGAUCGGACACAUUGUGCCAGAGGCGCAAGAAGGUGGUCCCAUUGGCCUUGUGCGCGAUGGUGACGAGAUUUCCAUCGAUGCUGAGGCCAACGAGUUGAACCUCCAUGUUGAAGAGGCCGAGAUGAAUCGAAGGCAGGAGGAGUUUGUUGCGCCGCCGCUCAAAUACCAACGCGGCACGCUGUUCAAGUAUGCGCGGUUUGUCAAGGACGCGAGUCAUGGCUGCGUUACAGACGCUGCUUGAUUCUCAUCUUAACACGCAAUCUAUGAGGUUGAAAAGUGAAUUUGAAAAGGGUAAAAACAUUUGUAUAAUGAAAACAAGAUUCCUAAUUUCCCAUUUGAACUUUUCUGGUUGUUCUUGCUCUUGGAGUGAUUGUUGCAUCGUUUGCUGAAUUUUAUGCUUUUCUUCCCCAUCUUCUUCCUCGUUGGCUUUCUUUUCUGUAUCUUGAUAUGUGUACAUACGUAUGAAAAUGCAUGCAUACAUAUCUCACAUGUUUUCACAUGUCUAGCUUUGAUCGUAUACUGUGCAAACUCGUCUCGAUGCUUGUGUUACCUGCCAUCGACCAACGCUCCCACCUGUUGCUACAUAGUGUCCUUUGGUCCCAUCGACACAAGCAUCGAUUAUC